AUGUCGUCUAGCCAAAACAACAGACAAGAUAGGAAACGCAAAAAAUCAUAUCGAUCAGCCCGACAAAUCUCGAGUUCAGCACCACCGUCAUCUGCAUCCUCAAGCUACGUUCCAGCUCAUAAUUACACAACUGAAUUAACCUUAGCAAACGAACCAAUUAAAAAAGACGCAUCCAAAAGUUCAGUCGAUGAUGAAAAAGUGCUAAAUUUUUUGUCCAAGCUACAACCACGUGGGUCUAUAACUGUAAACAACGAUCUAUCGCAUAUCACAUUAAUUGUAAGUUCAUCCGAAAGCAGUUUAUUGGAUACAUCUACAGCCAGGAAUAUUCUAAUAGAUAAAUUCCGAAUUGAUGAUUUACUCACAACCGAGGGUCCUCCAGGAUCAAUUGAUGUGUUAAUGACAGUGUAUGGAAGAAUGGCCAAUAUUGCUAAAGCUGCUGUGUUUACUAUAUUCCUACUCAGUGCAAAGAUCAACAACUUGCAAAAGGAGGUUUUCACUUUAAAAUCAUCCACUUAUAAAGCACAUUUGUUAUUGAAAAAUGGUGAGGAUGUUCAAGGAAUCAAAUACAUUGAUGUUGCUUCACUGUUUACUUACGAUUACAAUAAGGACAUCCAUGAUGUUUUCAUUCAGGGUGAUUUGACUUCAAUUUUCAAUUUCAUUCUCCGCUGCCUUGAAAGGAAAUGGAAUGUAGACCCCAGUCUCAUCGAUUUGAAACCAAUGUUUGGUAUACAUUUGGACCCAGCUUUAAAGCUGAAAUCAAAGGUUAAUAUAGAAAUCAAAAACAGAGCUCAAAGUAAGUUGCUACAGUACUUGUAUCCAACACUGCGCUACGAAUGUACAUAG